AUGCAAUAAUAGUAGGAUCAAUUGAAGAUAGCCUUUUUACAUCCUGAUUUGGGAAUUGGAGGGGCAGAAUAAUUAGUAGUAAAUCUUGCAUUGGCUUUGCAGAAAAACCAUUAUGUUAAAAUCUAUACUCCACAUCAUGAUCCUAAUCACUCAUUUCCAGAAACAAAUGGGCAAAUACCUGUGGAAGUAAGAGGAAAUAUUAUACCUGCUCAUUUCUUUGGAUAUUGCACAGCAAUGUGCGCAUAUAUAAGAAUGAUAUUGGCUACUUUAUAUAUAAUAUUUUUUAGUGGUCGUUGGGAUGUUAUUAUAAUUGAUUAAGUAUCUGUUUGUCUUCCGUUGCUUUGGUUAUUUAGAAGAAAGACUAUAUUUUAUUGUCAUUUUCCUGAUAAAUUAUUAUGUGUAGAGAGAAAGUCAUUUAUAAAAAAGAUUUACAGAUUUUUCUUGGAUUCUUUUGAAGAAAUUAGCAUGCUUUUUGCUAAUUUAGUAUUAGUAAAUAGUUAAUUUACAAGAGAAAUUGUAAAAUAAGCAUUCCCUUUAUAUAAUAAAUAUGGAAGACAACCAGAAGUUUUAUAUCCAGCAAUAGAAUUCUCAAAAUUUGAAAUGGCUCCUGAACUCAAUAGACUUGAUAGUAGACUCGAAAGCAACAAUUACUUCUUGUCUUUGAAUAGAUACGAGAGAAAAAAGAAUAUUGCAUUGGCAAUUCAUGCAUUUGCUGCAUUUAGAUAAUAAUUAAAUUCUGAUGAAAAUAUUGAAUCUGUAAGAUUGGUGAUAGCUGGUGGAUUUGAAUAGAGAGUAGAAGAGAAUGCUUAGCAUUUUGAAGAGCUGAAUCAGAUUGCUUAAAGAUAAAAUGUUGCUGAAUAUGUUUCAUUCAAAAAGAACAUUUCUGACUCUGAAAGAACUCAGUUGAUGUCAAAUGCUUUGGCUGUUCUAUAUACACCCGAAAGAGAACAUUUUGGGAUUGUUCCCGUUGAAGCUAUGUACAAUUAAGUUCCUGUCAUUGCAUGCAAUUCUGGAGGUCCGAAAGAAUCGAUUUAGAAUGGAGUUACGGGGUACUUGUGUGAAUCUAAAACGAAUGAAUGGUAAUAAAGAGAAAAGCAAAGAAAUGGGAGAAAGAGGGAGAGAACGAGUUAUUCAAUUGUUUGGAUUCGCAUAAUUUCAAAUGCAAAUGGAUAGUUAUGUAAGGAUGGUUACCAAAACAGGAAAAUAAAAAUAAUAAUGAAUAUUAAAGGUUAUUUUGGAAUCAUUUUAUUAUCGUAUAACAUAUCAAAAUGCGUAAUAUUUGAGAAUUAAAUCCAACUUACAGAAAAUGACUUCAUUUUUAAAAUAAAACAUCUUUUCUUCUUAAAAACACUGAACAACCACCAUAGACUGGCCAGGUCACUUAAUCAAACCAGCAAAUAUGCUUUUAGAUUGUACUUCUUAAGAGGUUGUGAUAAUAGAUAGCUCACCUAAUCAUAAUAGAGGGAAUUUCUUAAUUAUGCUAGAAUCGAUCCAUAUGGCCAUUCCUUUAUGAUAUAUAAUUCAAAUGAACUUAAGAAUAAGGUAAAUUCCUGGAAAUAAACUCUUCCAUGGAUUACGCCAUAUUACGCAAUUAAGAGCAACCCUAUUGAACCCUUAAUCUAAGACAUCAUUAAUGGUCCUUUCGGGACUUUUGACUGUGCCUCAAAAGGAGAAAUCUAAAUGGUGAUGAAAUAUGGAGUUCCCGCAUCAAAGCUGGUUUAUAGUAAUCCAGUCAAAGAGGAGAAGGAUAUUUACUAUGCCAAGAACAAGGGAGUCUAAAUAACCAGUGCUGACUCUAUUGACGAACUAAUCAAGAUCCAAAAGAUAGCACCCGAAAUGAAGAUACUAUGGAGAUUAUCUAUUGUUGAAGAAAACCCAGAGUAAAUGGCCACCCUAUUUUCUGGCAAAUUUGGGGAUGAUGUGCCAAAUUUAGAUGCUGCUCAUAAAAGGUUUAAGUAAAUUCAAUAAAUGGGGAUCCAAUUGCAUGGUAUUCAUUUUCAUUGUGGAAGUGCUGUUUAAGGAUCAUCCUCUUUUGGAAAAGCUAUUGAUUUGGCCUAAGAGUGUAUGAGAAUAGGCAGAUUGUAUGGACAUAAGAUGGAAUUAUUAGAUGUAGGAGGUGGAUUUCCUACUGGUAAUAUUCACGAAAACGCAAUUAAUGCAUUGAAAAAAACUCAAAACGAUCCCUUAGGAUAUUAAGUGAUUGCUGAACCUGGAAGACAUUUUAGUGCUAAUACAUGUUCUCUUUUGUUUAGAAUUAUGACUAAAAGAAUUAAACACGGUAGAUUAUGUUAUCAUGUCAAUGAAUCUUUGUACCAUUCCUUCAAUUGCAUAUUAAUGGAUGGUAUCUCAUUUGAAAAUCAAAAUGAUCAAUUCUAUGGUGUUCUCAAUUCAGAUGAAUCCCAAAAUUCCUAAAUUUCAGAAUAAUCCAAUGUCUCAAUAUUUGGCAUGACAUGUGAUGGUGCCGAUAUUAUUGCUAAGAAUAUGGUUGUUCCCAAUGAUUUACAAGUUGGAGAUUGGCUUUGUAUGCAAGGUAUGGGAAGCUACACUGUUGGACCAAAAUCCACUUUCAAUGGAAUGAAAUCAACAGCUAAAAUUUAUCAAUGGAGUGGUUAAAUUGAAGAAUAAAAUCAAGUAUCACCUUAAAUUGCCAUCAGCUAAAUUUGUUGAUUUAUGAAUAUUAUGCAUAAAAGAUAUAAAUUCAAUUUUAUAUUUAAAUGAAAAA